CAAAUCACGAUGCACUAUUCCUUCAUUAUGUAAAUAUGACCCGGCACAGGCUAAUUGGCUUGCAAAGUUAUAUUUAUCAUUCCAUGUAAGACUAUUGAAGUUUUCCUUUAAAUAAUUUUUAAGAGGACCAGAAUCAGCAUACUCCAUCACUAGCAAAUAAUUAUUUGAUUGAGAAUUUUGGUUUUCUGGAUCAAAAUUUGCAAUUCCAUAAAAUUUAAUAAUGUUAUUAUGAAAUUGUAUAUUACGUUGAAGCUUGAGCUCAUGAACGAUUUCUUUUGCAGUAACGUCAUCAAGAUUAAAAAAAGAUUUCAACGCAAAAUAUUUCCCAACUUUUUGAAUAUUACUAAAAUGUUUUUGUUCAUAAAGUCUAUAAUAUUCUCCAGAAAUAGAUUUCUCAAUCCAAUUAAUCCAUUCAUUUGUAUUUUUUGUGUUUUGCAUUUUAAUAUUAGUAAUCGUAAA